AUGCCGUCGCCCGAAGAGGAGGAACGCGAGCGUCGCCGUUGCCGCCGGAGGGACCUUCUGCUGAGCCAGCUCUGCUUUCUGGCCUUGGUGGCGCUGCUGCUCUGGUCGCUGGCGAGCAUGCAAGCGAGUAAUGACCUUAAUUUCAUGGACUUCGUAGGUGAAGACAGAAACUGGAUAGUGGGGAGGAAGUUAUUACAAGUGAACGACACUCUCACUUCAGAAGACGCAGGACUCCGGAGCAGCAAGAACUGCACUGAGCCAGCCUUGAAUGAAUUUCCAAAUGACAUCUUCACCAACGAGGACAGAAGACAGGGCGCGGUGGUUCUCCAUGUGCUCUGUGCCAUGUACAUGUUCUAUGCCCUGGCCAUUGUAUGUGAUGACUUCUUCGUCCCCUCCUUGGAGAAGAUCUGUGAGCGCCUGCACCUCAGUGAAGACGUGGCCGGGGCCACAUUUAUGGCAGCAGGCAGUUCUGCCCCAGAGCUGUUCACAUCGGUCAUAGGCGUCUUCAUCACCAAGGGUGACGUGGGCGUUGGGACCAUCGUGGGCUCAGCGGUGUUCAAUAUUCUGUGCAUCAUCGGUGUCUGUGGGCUCUUCGCAGGGCAGGUAGUGGCUCUUUCCUCCUGGUGCCUGCUGCGGGACUCUAUUUACUACACGCUGUCCGUGGUCGCGCUCAUCGUGUUCAUUUAUGAUGAAAAGGUUUCUUGGUGGGAGUCGCUAGUCCUCGUGCUCAUGUAUCUUAUCUACAUUGUCAUCAUGAAAUAUAACGCCUGCAUACAUCAGUGCUUCGACAGGAGGGCAAAAGGUGCUGGAAACAUGGUCAACGGCUUGGCCAACAACACCGAGAUCGACGACAGCAGCAACUGCGACGCCACCGUGGUGCUUCUCAAGAAAGCCAAUUUCCACCGCAAAGCAUCUGUGAUCAUGGUAGAUGAGCUCCUGUCAGCCUACCCCCACCAGCUUUCUUUCUCUGAGGCUGGCCUUCGAAUCAUGAUCACGAGCCACUUUCCCCCCAAGACCCGACUCUCCAUGGCCAGCCGCAUGUUAAUCAAUGAGAGACAAAGACUGAUCAACAGCAGGGCUUAUGCCAAUGGAGAAUCUGAGGUGGCCAUAAAAAUCCCAAUUAAGCACACCGUAGAGAAUGGAACAGGGCCCAGCAGUGCCCCUGAUAGAAGUGUGAAUGGCACCCGAAGGGACGAUGUUGCUGCGGAGGCUGGCAAUGAGACAGAGAAUGAGGACAAUGAGAACAACGAGAAUGAUGAAGAGGAAGAAGAAGAUGAGGAUGAUGAUGAAGGACCAUACACACCGUUUGACCCCCCCUCUGGCAAACUGGAAACAGUGAAAUGGGCAUUCACCUGGCCACUGAGUUUUGUCUUAUACUUCACUGUACCCAACUGCAACAAGCCCCGCUGGGAGAAAUGGUUCAUGGUGACAUUUGCCUCCUCCACACUGUGGAUUGCAGCUUUCUCCUAUAUGAUGGUGUGGAUGGUCACCAUCAUCGGUUACACUCUGGGAAUUCCUGAUGUCAUCAUGGGAAUCACCUUCCUGGCAGCUGGAACCAGCGUGCCCGACUGCAUGGCCAGCCUCAUCGUGGCCAGACAAGGCAUGGGGGACAUGGCUGUGUCCAACUCCAUUGGGAGCAAUGUAUUUGACAUUCUCAUUGGUCUGGGUCUCCCGUGGGCCUUGCAGACCCUGGCUGUGGACUACGGCUCCUAUAUUCGGCUGAACAGCAGGGGACUGAUUUACUCCGUGGGCUUGCUCCUGGCCUCUGUCUUUGUCACGGUGUUUGGCGUUCACCUGAACAAAUGGCAGCUGGACAAGAAGUUGGGGUGCGGGUGUCUUUUCCUGUACGGUGUGUUCCUGUGCUUCUCCAUCAUGACGGAGUUCAACGUGUUCACCUUCGUGAACCUCCCCAUGUGUGGCGACCACUGAUCCGCCCACAGAGGCUCAGUUCCUUCUUUUCUGUGCAAUACAAGACCCGGCCUCACCCCGAGUCACACGGGCCCCCAGGGCCGGGGUGUCCGUCUCUCCCCCUGUUCACAGGCCUCUGCUCCUGCCUCGGUUGCCCAGGCUCUCUCAGCUCCUCCCCUCACUUCCCCCUCCGGGGGUCCUCCCUGUCACCCACCCACCCAC